GGUAGAGUAUAAAUAAAGGCCAUGUGCGUGUCCUUUUUCAGCCAGUGUUCACCAGACAGACUGACACCAUGAAACUGCUUGCCCUAUUACUGCUGGUUGGAGCUGCUGCGGCAGUGCCCGGUGGCAAGAUAGUCGGAGGCCAUGAGUGUAUACCUCACUCUAGACCCUGGAUGGCCUCCCUCAACUCCGGAUACCACUUCUGUGGAGCUGUGCUCAUCAAUGAGCAGUGGGUGCUCACUGUCGCUAACUGCGGUCAUAAGUCCUAUUCUGUGCAGAUCAUGCUUGGAGACCACAACCUGCGUGUGUCUGAGGGAACAGAACAGCUCAUCCGAAUUGAAAACAUUAUCCUGCAUCCCAGCUAUGACGAGCAGACCAUGGACUAUGACAUAAUGCUGAUCAAGUUGUUUCAACCCGUGAACAUCAAUGAUUAUGUGAAGCCCCUCCCUCUGCCUGCUAAGUGCCCAAACGCAGGCACCCCCUGCUCAGUCUCUGGCUGGGGCGUCGAUAUAAUGGGAGAGGAAGUGAAUCAGUCCAUACUUUUGCAGUGCCUGAACGUGCCCAUACUUGAGAAUGAAAAGUGUCAGAAGAUCUACCCUACCAUAAUAACCCCUAGGAUGAUGUGUGCUGGAUACCUGGAUGGUGGAAGAGAUGUCUGCAUUGGGGACUCCGGCAGUGGUCUGGAGUGUUUGGGGGAGCUCCAGGGCCUGGUGUCCAUGGGUCGGGAAUGUGGCACGCCAGGUUCCCCUGGAGUCUAUGUCAAAGUCUGUGAGUUCCUCCCCUGGAUCUCUGAGACCAUCAAGGCCAAUAUGUAACACGGCCAGCUGAAAGCUUUCAUCUCUCAAACGUCCCCUUGUCUCCUGACUUUCUAUCUACCGGUCUUCCACUUCCUUGUUAAAUAUUAAGUGGAGUCAGCACAGUAUUUUAUCUCAUGUAAAAUGCAUUAAAGACUUGAACUACACCA